ACUAAGAUGGCGUCUCGUCAAGAAAGAUAGGCUGGCCUGAAAAGAGUGAUGAUGUUACUCGGAAAAUAAUUAAUGACGACACAGCCGAGGAACUCCGGGACUCUCGUUCAGCGUUGAAACAACAACCAGCUACGGAUGUAUCCAGCCCGUGUGUUUUAACCGGGGCUGCGGUGCGUGUUGGAUAAGUGAAAGCUGAGCGACGGUUGGGUAGUGCUGCCGGCCCAGCGGAGCAGGCACCGCGGCGGAGCUGCUGCUCGGUCCCGUCACAACACCCAGGGAGGAGAGAGAGCGCUCCGCACCCCGUCUACCCUCCGACCCCCGGGACAGCGAGGGGGCUCUGGGGAAAUGGAAGGGGAAGAGUUUAUUCCUCCUCCGGAGUGUCCCGUUUUUGAGCCAACAUGGGAGGAGUUUCAAGAUCCGUUGGGCUAUAUCGCAAAGAUACGUCCGAUUGCAGAGAAGUCUGGAAUCUGUAAAAUUCGACCUCCACCGGACUGGCAGCCACCAUUUUCUGUGGAGCUGGAUAACUUCCACUUCACACCUCGCAUCCAGAGACUUAAUGAGUUAGAGGCUGAGACCAGAGUGAAGCUCAAUUAUUUGGACCGUAUUGCCAGAUUUUGGGAGAUUCAGGGAUCCUCUUUAAAAAUCCCACACAUUGAAAGGCGCAUUGUGGAUCUCUUCAGCCUGUCAAAAGUGGUGACAGAUGAAGGAGGUUUUGAGAUGGUGUGUAAGGAGCGGCGGUGGGCUCGUGUAGCCCAGCGGCUCGGCUACCCUCCAGGCAAAAACAUUGGCUCUCUGCUGCGCUCCCACUAUGAGAGGAUCGUCUACCCAUUUGAAAUGUUUCAGUCUGGCGCCAGUCUUCCGUCUUGCAAGCCAAAGCACUAUGAUGGUGAAGAAGUGGAUAAAGAAUAUAAGCCUCACUCCAUCCCACUGCGACAGUCUGUGCAGCCAUCCAAAAUGAGCAGUUAUGGACGCCGAGCAAACCGGUGCCAGCCUGACGGUCCAGAGGAUCUGGCCCCCCAUCCUCUCACAACUGGCUCUCAACUCAUCUCUGCGCCCGAACCUACAGAGGAAGACAUAGAGAAGAACCCCGAGCUGAAGAAGUUACAGAUCUACGGUGCAGGGCCUAAGAUGAUGGGACUGGGACUAGUGGCAAGAGACAAAGGCAUAAGGAAGAAAGAUGAGUUGCCUCAAACAGUUACUGUCAAGGAGAGUGUGUCUCCUGCUCCCGUUGACACUGCAGUCAAGUCUGAGCCACUGGAGCCUGAAGAAAAGCCAAGUGAUGAGAGCCCAUCCAGCCUCCAACCUCCUCCCCAGAGCAUCACCGUUAAGACAGAAGUGAAGAAAGAAGAACAUGAGGAGAAUGGAAAAGGAAAUGAUCGGAAAAGGGAGGAUGCAAAUGGACCUUGCACUAAAAUGACCAUGAGGUUAAGACGCAACCUCAACAACCCACAAUGUGUGGAUUCUUUUGUUUGUCGGAUGUGUGGACGGGGAGAUGAUGAUGAGAAACUCCUCCUGUGUGAUGGCUGCGAUGACAACUAUCACACAUACUGCCUGCUGCCUCCACUCACUGAUCCGCCCAAAGGCAACUGGCGAUGCCCGAAGUGUGUCGCUGAAGAAUGCAAGAAACCUUCAGAAGCAUUUGGCUUUGAACAAGCAACAAGAGAGUACACUCUGCAAAGUUUUGGGGAAAUGGCAGAUGCUUUCAAAGCAGAUUAUUUUAACAUGCCUGUCCAUAUGGUUCCCACUGAGCUCGUGGAGAGAGAGUUCUGGAGAUUAGUCAGUAGUAUUGAAGAAGACGUGACUGUUGAGUAUGGAGCAGACAUACACUCCAAAGAAUUUGGCAGCGGUUUCCCAAUGAACACUGGCAAAAGGGUCCUCACCAAAGAAGAAGAGGAAUAUGCCCGCUCUGGCUGGAACCUGAAUGUGAUGCCAGUGUUGGAGCAGUCACUGCUGUGCCAUAUUAAUGGAGACAUCUCUGGGAUGAAGGUGCCAUGGCUUUAUGUUGGCAUGGUGUUCUCAGCCUUCUGCUGGCACAUCGAGGAUCACUGGAGCUACUCCAUCAACUACCUGCACUGGGGUGAACCCAAAACUUGGUAUGGGGUUCCCUCUGUGGCAGCUGAGCGACUUGAGGACGUUAUGAAGAAGCUGACACCAGAGCUCUUUGAGUACCAGCCUGACCUCCUGCAUCAGCUCGUCACCAUCAUGAACCCCAACAUCCUCAUGUCUCACGGUGUCCCGGUUGUUCGCACCAACCAGUGUGCUGGUGAGUUUGUCAUCACCUUCCCCAGAGCCUACCACAGUGGCUUCAAUCAGGGUUAUAACUUCGCUGAGGCGGUCAACUUCUGCACGGCAGACUGGCUUCCUGCUGGUCGUUCCUGUAUUGAACACUACCGGCGUCUGAGGAGGUAUUGCGUCUUUUCUCAUGAAGAACUCACCUGUAAAAUGGCAGCUAGCCCAGAGAAACUGGACCUGAACCUGGCUGCAGCCACACACCGGGAGAUGUUCAUCAUCGUUCAAGAGGAGAGGAAGCUCCGCAAGAGUCUGAUGGAAAGGGGCAUUACAGAAGCAGAGCGGGAGGCUUUUGAACUGCUGCCUGAUGACGAGAGACAGUGUGAUAAAUGUAAGACCACAUGCUUCCUCUCUGCUCUGGCAUGUUCAAACUGUCCAGAAAGUCUGGUGUGUCUCUAUCACACUCAGGAUCUGUGCAACUGCCCCACUGAAAAACUCUACCUCAGGUACAGAUACACCUUGGAUGAGUUGUUAGCAAUGUUGCAUCGAUUGAAAGUCCGUUCCGAGUCCUUUGAUUUCUGGGCAAACAGAGUAAAAGAGGCACUUGAGCAGGAGGACGGAAACAAGAUAGAAAUUGAAGACCUGGAAAAACUGAAGGCCGAGGCAGCGGAAAAGAAAUUUCCUGACAAUGAACUUCUCAGGAAACUCAACACUGUCCUUAAAGACAUAGAAUCUUGUAAAAAGACAAGUGCUGAGCUCCUUACCAAUUCAAAGAACAGCGAAAGCAAGAUGACGUUUGCAGAGCUGAAAUCCUUGGUGGAGAAAAUGCAGCGUCUGCCCUGUGAAGGGAACCGGCUGGAGGAAGUGCAGGCGGUUCUGCUGACGGUGGAGGAUUUCCAGAAAGAGGCUCAAGCCCUGGUCAACAACAGGGACUGGAGGAAGGACUCGCUGCCACCUGAGCAGUUGCAGACGUUGUUGGAGCAGGGGGACAACUUGCCUGUCGUGGUCCCAGAGUGUGAGUUACUCCAGGGCCUGAAGGAGCAGGGCCAUUGGUUGGCAAAGGUGAGGCGCACCCUGGGCACGGAAGAGGAGGAGAGGCAGGAAGUGACCCUGGACGUGUUGAGGAACCUGAUGGAAGCAGGUUGCAAUGUGCCCCAGAGUGUGUCUGUGGAGACGGCUAUGGCCGAGCUCCAGGAACUGCUCACAAUUGCUGAACGCUGGGAGGAGAAAGCUCAGAUCUGCCUAGAGCAAAGGCAGAAGCAUCCUCUUUCCACCCUGGAGGCAAUUGUAAAUGAGGCUCAACUUAUCCCAGUGACACUCCCCAACAUCCUGGCCCUGCAGGACUGUCUAACACGUGCUCGGGCCUGGGUGACAGACUUGGAGGAAAUCCAGAAUGGGGAGCAUUACCCGUGUCUGGACGACCUGGAGGGCCUGGUCGCUAUUGGACGGGACCUGCCGGUCUACAUGGAGGAGCUGAGGCAGCUGGAGCUGCAGGUGGCCAGUGCUCAUUCGUGGAGGGACAAGGCCAGCAAGACCUUCCUGAAGAAGAGCAGUCAGCACAGCCUCUUAGAGGUUUUAUGUCCAUGUGCUAAAAGGCGGGAGAAGCGGAGCCAUACAGAGCCUUUGGACGAGCCCUUAGAGGAUUCUGAUACCAACACUCUGGGCCUUUCUGCUCAGGCUUUAAGGGAUCCCGCAGCUAUUGUAAUGGCUUUCAAAGAAGGGGAGCACCAGGAGAAGGAGGCGCUUCUGAGGUUACAGAAAAGUAACAUGUGUAAAUCUGGACUCGGCCCUGCAGUUGCUAAAGAGAACGGGUGGGACGACACCAUGGACACGCGUACGUCCAGCCAUCCCGAGAACUCUGUCCAGGGUAACGGCGACCACAGCCGCACCGCCUUCCCUCAGGCGAUGUGCGUGUGCGACGGGCAGCCCCGUGCUCCUCAGCUCCGCUGCCAUCUCUGCAAGGACUGGUUCCACGGGGGCUGCGUCUCCUUCCCCUCCGUGCUACCUCCUACUGGACCCAACCUCUGGACGAACCUUUUUUGCUGGUGGGACUGGGACUCGCGCUUCUUGUGUCCCCAGUGCCAGCGGUCGCGGCGGCCACGUCUGGAGACUAUUCUGGCGUUGCUUGUAGCCCUGCAGAGACUGCCCGUGCGUCUGCCUGAAGGAGAAGCGCUGCAGUGUCUCACAGAGAGGGCCAUCACAUGGCAGGGCCGAGCCAAGGAGGCGCUAGAGACGCCCGAGCUGCAGCGCGCACUUCAGAGGCUGCAGAAACUCAAAGACACUCUCCGCUACGACCCGGAAAAAGAGGAAGACAAGAAAAAGGAGACUGAAGGGAAUUCUGUUAUUGUUCUGUCAGACUCUGAGGGAGGGGAAGGGGAGGAUGGAGUCAUUGAUUUAACAGAGGACUCUUCACCUAAAAAGAAAACAAAGGAAAGCAACAACCUUCAGGCUCGAUGGGAAAAUGGGAUCGGCAAGAAAUCAAACAUCACAGGUGUGGGCUCUCUGCUGCCCCUUCUGCCCUCGUUGAGGGGCCGGGUGGUGGAGCUGCCCCCGGCCACCAGGCUCCAGCUGGAGGAGCUGCAGCUGGAGGGAGACCUGCUGGAGGUGUCACUGGACCAGACCAGCACCAUCCACCGAGUCCUGGAAGCUGCGUCUGACCCCCCCACAGAAACCCUGCACACACUCAUCCAGAUUGAGCUUGACGAGCAGAGACGCACGAAUCGUGGCCGCCCCAAGGACCCCAAGCGGAAGAGAAAAGGCCACCGGAGCGGGAGCAGGGAGGGGCCCGGAGAAAAGUCCCUGGACGUCUCCAAGUCGAAGAAAACGUGUCCCGUCAAGCACAGCCCCUCCCCCCAGCCGCCAGUCCAGAGCUAUCCAGAGAGUUUGUGAUGCAGUCAACUAUGGAGAACUUUUCAAAGGCUUCAAGUCCAAGAAGUCAAAGGGGCAGAGUUUUCUGUGCCAGAAGACGGUGUCACAUUAUAGGAAGAUGCAGGACAUCCCUUCCAUGCUCCAUACUCCCCUUUUCACCCCUCAUUCCUUUGGUCAGACACUAAAAGAGAAAAGACUCUUCUUCUGCACUCCAAUGCUGCGUCAAUAACUCAGCAGCAUCUCGUUUAUUUCUUUCAGACUCACUGUCUUACUUAAACUUUACUACCCCCUCCCCUGGUUCCACUGUUCCCUGGGACGUUAUACGACUCUGUGGGCCGAUGUGAGUUUACUGUUCAAUGAAUAUCUUUGGUUUAGAGUCGUCUCUGAGGUCCCGUCGGUAUGCUACGUAUCUCCCAUCUUUGUUCAAUGCUAGUUUGAUGGAAGCUGGCCUCAGGACUGGUAGUUGCAGUUUCACUCCUGGACUCCAGAUAAGCUAUGGGUUUGUUAAGACUGUUGUUGGGCAUGAAUCUUAGGCGUUGACUGCUGAUCUGGGAAACCUACCAGGGUUAGUUACACUUGCAUCUUUUUUUUUUAGUUGUAUUUAAUCUUGUGUUUGGAACUGUUUUGAGGGGGACAUACAUUUUCAAUAAACAAAGUAAAUUUUGGGAAGUGUUAAAAACAGGCAUAGAUGUUUUGGUGCUACUUUCCCAAAAUGGAUUUCUGUAACUCUUUGAUUUGUCUUUGCUUUCCCUCCUUCCUCUCAAUGCCAUUUUUUUUUUUCUUUUUUUUUUUUAGCUCCCACCUUUCGGACUCCAUAUUUUGACCCCCCCAUCCCCACAACACACACACACACACAGACAUACACAGAACUUCUUUUUGCAUAUUAAGGUAACUUCACUGUAACUCACUUUGUCUCCUUUUGUUUAUUGGUUAAAAUGAUUAUAUUAUUAUUAUUAUUGUUGAUAUUGCAGACACACAGUUGUGAGUUUAUGUAUAAACUUUUCAUUUUACUGUUGCCUUUGUUUCUUUUCACUCUUGUUAGGAAAAAAUAAAGGUUUAGACUUGUUUAGGA